ACCAUCUCUCCCUACUAUACCUGCUGUCCCAUGGCUACAGUCCCUUCCCAAAGGCUAUUAUUUCAUUGCAUAAUGCAAUGAAAACAAAUAUAAUUAGCGAAUACUAAGUGGGGGGGAACUAAAAAGGCGACCCAUAUCCCCAGACAUUCACCAGAUUACCCAUAGGCUCAAGAAUUUUUUGGGGAGACCAAAUAAAAUAAAUUUUCCCUCCAACGCAAUGUGUUUAAUCUUCAGUUUAAUGCUGUAGGCAAAGAACCCUGCUGAGCCACCAGCUGCAACAUCAGAUGCUUUGAGAAUUAGUGAGAACAGCAGGGCGGCGCCACGCAGAGAGGGCGAGAAUCCGCGAGCAAUGGAGCGUUCAUCUGCAAACAGGCGAAAGUGACAUGUCAGCAAAUUGGCAUUAACCAUGUCUGUGCCAAUGGCUUGAAGUAGUUCCCAUGGUGGGGACUGGAAGCAGUUCCAUCCAUGCCUAAUGUCGCCUUCAGAAAAUACUGGAAUAGAGUCUGGGAUUCCAAGAUGAGGUCCAUAGUUCUGUCUAUGUACUCUUGCCGGCUCCCAUAUUUCUCCAGGAGUUUGAGUUUGGCCUCCUUGCGACUAUACUGCGCUUCAGCCUCCAAUAUUUUCUCCGGCCCCGCAAUUUGUCGGAACGGGUCGCUAUCCAGGCAUUAUGGAUAACAAGGUGCCGGGUGCCAUAAGCAAUGGAGACUGUGUGCCAACCAAGCCUCUCAUGGAGAAGGAGCCCAAAGCAGAGGACAGCGCCGGAAUGACUGAGAGGGGACAGUGGAACAAUAAAGUGGAGUUUGUCCUGUCUGUGGCCGGAGAAAUUAUUGGACUGGGGAACGUGUGGCGCUUCCCGUACUUGUGCUACAAAAAUGGAGGAGGUGCCUUCUUCAUACCAUACCUUAUAUUUCUGUUUACCUGUGGGAUCCCGGUCUUCUUUCUGGAGACAGCUCUGGGUCAAUACACCAGCCAAGGGGGUGUCACAGCCUGGAGGAAAAUCUGCCCUCUGUUUGAAGGGAUCGGCUACGCCUCGCAGGUCAUUGUUAUGCUGCUGAAUUGCUAUUACGUUAUAGUCCUGGCUUGGGCCCUUUUCUAUCUCUUUAACUCCUUUACGUCUGAGCUGCCUUGGGCGUCUUGUGGCCAUUCAUGGAAUACAGAGAACUGCGUGGAUUUCUACAAGGCAAAUUCUACCCACAACGUGACACUAAACGGCACCUCCAGCGUCAUAGAGUUCUGGGAGAGACGAGUGCUUGGCAUAUCAGAUGGCAUUGGUAACAUUGGGAGUCUCCGCUGGGAGCUGGCCCUGUGUUUGCUGUUGGCCUGGAUCAUCUGUUACUUCUGUAUCUGGAAAGGGGUCAAAUCAACAGGAAAGGUUGUAUAUUUCACUGCCACAUUCCCCUACCUAAUGCUGAUCGUGCUGCUUAUCCGGGGGGUGUCACUACCUGGGGCCUUGACUGGAAUCCAGUUUUACCUGUACCCUGAUCUCAGCAAGUUGCAGGACCCAGAGGUUUGGAUGGACGCUGGGACCCAGAUCUUCUUCUCCUACGCCAUCUGCCUGGGGUGCCUGACUGCCCUGGGGAGUUACAAUAAAUACAACAACAACUGUUACAGGGACUGCAUUGCACUCUGCUUCCUUAACAGUGGCACCAGCUUUGUGGCUGGGUUUGCCAUCUUCUCAAUCCUUGGCUUUAUGGCAGAAGAACAAGGGGUGCACAUCUCAGAGGUGGCAGAGUCUGGUCCAGGUCUGGCUUUCAUUGCCUACCCCCGGGCUGUGUCCAUGAUGCCCUUCUCUCCUCUCUGGGCCUGCUUCUUCUUCUUCAUGGUGAUUCUACUGGGGCUUGAUAGCCAGUUUGUGUGCGUGGAGAGCUUGGUCACUGCUGUGGUUGACAUGUACCCCACCAUAUUCCGGAAGAAGAACCGUCGUGAGCUUCUCAUUCUGGCCGUUUCUAUAGUUUCCUUUUUUGUUGGUCUCAUCAUGCUUACUGAGGGAGGAAUGUACGUAUUUCAGUUAUUCGAUUACUAUGCUGCCAGUGGGAUGUGCCUGCUCUUCGUGGCUAUCUUUGAAACCCUGUGUGUAGGUUGGGUAUAUGGGGCGGAUAAUUUCUAUGAGAAUGUGGAGCACAUGAUCGGUUACAGGCCAACCGCUAUUAUAAAGUACUGCUGGCUCUUCAUUACUCCGGCCGUGUGCAUGGCCACCUUCUUAUUCUCAUUGGUGAAGUACACUCCACUAAAUUAUAAUAAGCGCUAUGUAUACCCAUGGUGGGGGGAUGCUAUUGGCUGGCUUCUGGCGCUCUCCUCUAUGGUCUGCAUUCCACUUUGGGUCGGCUACAAGUUGUCUACUAUCAAAGGCUCUCUAAUUGAGAGAUUUCGCCAGCUUACCUGCCCGGACCCUGAUCUCCCGCAGAAGACCCAGUGUGAGCCCCUAUCUCAGGUGGCACAAGGGACUCUACUAGAGGAAUCUCUAUGCUAGGAGUCAGCUUCUCGUUAUACAGUAUGUCAUGUCUCCUUGGGAUUGGCUCAUCUCAUGUUCUACCCAGUAUCCCUGGAGUCACAUACAUGUAUAUAUGACUUAUGGGUGUAUAUGAAUUACUGUACAUACAUAUAUAAAUAUAUAUAUAAAACCACAAUAAUGUACAUGUGCUACAGUAAAUUACCUGUAUGGAGUUUGGCCCCCUGGAGACUGUAGGAUUCUGCUGGACUUUUCCACAAAAACAUGUACAGAUCUCUAACAUUGCUGCAUUCAUUCCAAAGAAAAUGGUUCAGCCCCAGAGUGGAAACUACACAAUGACAGGGCAUUAUAUUGAGCUGCUUCAAUGUGAUUGGACAGAGACUGUAGCUUUAAAGGAUUCGCUUAUGGGAAAACUGAGGAUUCUGGAACAUUUCCUGCUGAGAGAUCAGCGAUUCUUUCCCCCAAACGUUGGAAAUAGGCAGAUUCAUAGGAAAAGAAUUUGUGAUUUUAUCAUUAAAUAUAUACAUCGA